AUGGGUUUUUUUCUUUUUACAGACCCUAAAUUACCGUCGUUACCGCCAUCGUUCCAGACAAGAAUAGAGGCUAAUAUUUUAGAUAUGAAUUACAGUAUAUCAGCAGUGGAAUAUGUUGAUGAUGAAAAUAACCGAGCUAAUACAUGUACUGUUAGUAAUUUAACGGGUGAUGCAAACACAGUAAUAUUUGGUGGAGGAGGUGCUGCUGGUGGAAUACCCCACGUCUACUCUACAGCUGGGGUUUUACAUUUCGCUAAGGAACUUGGAGAGACGUAUAUGGGAUCAGGAACUCUCGUGAGGGGUUUAAAGGCCAACCACUGGCAGACCUGUAUGUAUUGGCCUGUUGUACGUGCCAACUUCACAUUAGAUUAUUAUUUUUCUGUACCUGGCUGGAAUAAUUCGGCGGGAGCUCCUAGUGUACCACUGCGAGCUGAGGUGACUGGUAUAUACACUAUAAUAAAUGAUGUAACGCAACAAUUCCAUCAUAUAUAUGAUUAUAUAGAUUUUAGAACCUCACCUCCAGAUGAUCCCAGCGUGUACGAGACACCGGCAGGAAUAUCAUGUCCAGGAAGAAAGAAAGUUCGAGACAUGCCUAAAUUAAAAUCUAAAUAUUAUUAUCGUGAAGAGAUUAUUUCCCCUGGAGGACAACAAAUUCAACAAGCAGACGUCUGGUAUGAUUUUGAUUGGCAGUUAUUACGAUAUGAUUCCAGACCCUUGGAUAUUUCCCCGCCAUACAAUAGUCUGAACCCUUAUACAGAGAUACAUGAUUACAAUACGGGUGUUGCCUAUGCCAUGGAUAAAUUGAUAAAGAAUUGUACGAUCAUGCCGAUAGAAAAUGGAACAUGGGAUUCUGCUUACAACAGUUCCAGACAAUUUCUGCAUAUGAGGAGUCCUGGUUCACUGUUUUUCCUGGACGAUUCGUAUGCUUAUUCCGGACAGAGAAAAGCACGUGGUAUAGAUUGUGACGUAUAUACUUCAACAAGAGCAGAUUUUAGCGACGGAUUAAACGUAUUCGAGAUGUACUUCCUGAGGGAAGACUGGUCCGCCAUGGAUAAUAUUGGUUUAGACACGGACACUCCAGACAUUCCUAUACGAUUAACAAUAACGGGACCAGGAGAUUUUGGAUUUACUGUCAUAUAUGAAUUAUAUGAUUUUGAUCAAGAAACUCCAGAUAUACAGACAGCCUUCGAUAUCAGUAACUGUUAUAACGACUUUGAAAAGAUAGACUUUAGGAUCACCUUCCCCUCCAAGGCUGGUAAUCUGUUAUCGGAAUACAGAACGAUUUUCAUCGACCAGGCCAUAUUACUGAUAGCCUCAUUAUCUGGAGGUUUGUCACCUCUGAGAAUAACUCGUACAGAGGUCCACUGGGAUGACAGCAAUGUUUACAUGAUAGGAACACUUCUCGACAAGGCGCCACCUAUCGCUAAGUACGUCAAAAUGCCCAGUAAAGUUGCACCGUUUAAGAAUGCUCUGACGUUACAAGGUGUAACUGAUCCAACUUCGUGUGCUGAACAAUGUGAUAGUGUUGAUACGUUUACAUGUAACAGUUUUGAUAUAUGUGCUGGCAAACAAGUGUGUACUUUAAGUAAAGAUUAUAAUUCAGAUGGAGUAAAACUCAGUGAUAGUCUGGAAUGCGAUCAUUACACACGAGUUGUCGGCGGAAGAGUUGAUAAAGAGAUAGCCUUGAACGAUGCAUGGAUUGUUUUAACAGACCAGGUUGUAAAAGGAACCUUUCAAGUAACUCUGAAUCUUGAUGAUGGUUCGAAACAAGUGUUAAAGGGUUCAGAUAUAACAUCAGAUGUUUUAAGAAAUCCUAACAGAGUAGCAUCAAAAACAGCCCUACAACAUUUCAGUGGACAGGCCAACAAGCAAGUGAAUGGAUUUGAUGAUUUGAUUUUAACAGGAACAUCUAUAGAUGACUGCGCUAACGAAUGUUUAGGCGAGAUCGUGUUUUCCUGUCAAUCAUUCGAGUAUUGUUAUGAUACGGGCUAUUGUGUAAUGAGUCACACCCACCCGGAUGAACGGCCUGAUUUAAUAAUUGCCAGUGAUCAUUGUGAUCUUUAUACUAGGUCCUACACAGCCAAAUUCACCGAGACGCCCGGCACAACCGUUCUAUCCUCUUCAGACACGAUCUACCAGAACAUCAACUCGGACAACCAGUGUGCUAGAUUAUGUGUAGAUUAUAAUGAGUUUGAUUGUAAAUCGUUUGAUUAUUGUCCAAACAUUAACACAUGUUUUCUGGGCAGGAAGCACGUGUUUGAUGUUCCUAAAUCAAAUAUUCAAGAAGAUCCGCAGUGUAACCAUUACUCAAGAAACUAUGCCGAUGAUUUUAAACUAAAAGCACACAAGGAGAUAGCUCUACGAGAUAAUCGUGUGAUAGAAGGUGUCAGUGCUGAACAGUGUGCUAAAAUGUGUGUAGAAGAGGAGUCGUUUUCGUGCGCUAGUUUUGAUUACUGUGGCAACAUGACGGAGUGUCGCCUUAGUGACGCCGCCAUGUCUGAUAUUGGUCAGGUGACCAUAGAAGCGUCCACAUUUUGUGAAGUUUACAUACGUUCGUAUUAUCCAGAUGGAUCAGUUUAUACUAAACCUGUUGCUAGUGGUUACUCAUCAGGUGCCAUGGGAGGUCUAGGAUUCGCCAUGUUGGUUUUAGGGGCGUUGUUGGCUGUGGGUAUAUAUGUAGCAAUCGGUAAAUACCAGGGAAAAUCUCUGGAUUCUAUGACCAUUUCCUUUAAAAACAUGGAAAACUCAGAUUAACUCGGAGAAUUUCAGUAUCUACUUUCAUUUUACAUUUUUAUAUUGUUGUUGAUUUGAGAUCUCUGCCGCUAGACCACGUGUCAUCGGAUGCAUGACGAUUUAGAUACAAUUUUAUCCACAAGUUUUUGCAAAACAUAAGAAAUACGUGGAAAGUUCAUAUUGUAUUUAGAUUCGAUUGUUUUGUUUAUCUGACAGCGGAUGAUUUGUCAUCAAGUUUUGUCUACCGAUAUGUUAGUGUUCAGUGGUGUUUGUUUAAUUGUUUGGUUUAUUUGUUUGUUAUAUUUGUAAGUAU